GAGGGAGGGCGGUGGCCGAGGCUCGCUUGGCUGCGCUCCCCGCCCCUCGAAGGCCGGCCCUCCAGCGCGCCCCAAAGGUCCACAGCGCUUGCGGUUACUGAGCGCUCAAGCCGCCGGCCCCGACCCAGGCCCAGCAGCUUCCCAGGCCCGCACCCGUAGUGGAGGGAAGAGCCGCCUAGGGGAGGAGGGAAAGGGACUUGGGGGCGGCCACGGCAGGUGAGGGGUGAGCGAGGCCCUGGGAAGCGGGGGAUGUGGGUGUGUGACGCGUUUGUGGCUGCAGGGUUAACCUCCAUUUCAGCUAAUCAUGGGAGAGAUUAAAGUCUCUCCUGAUUAUAACUGGUUUAGAAGUACAGUCCCCCUUAAAAAGGUUGGAAUUUACCGCAUACCACUGUCAGAGGUUACUGAGAUUUUGUUUACUACAAUCAUAGCAAAAAGAAACAGGAAAAGCAAAAACAUUAUUGUGGAUGAUGACGACAGUAAGAUCUGGUCGCUCUACGAUGCAGGCCCCAGAAAUAUCAGGUGUCCUCUCAUAUUUCUCCCUCCCGUCAGCGGAACUGCUGAUGUAUUUUUCCGGCAGAUUUUGGCUUUGACUGGAUGGGGUUACCGGGUUAUAGCUUUGCAGUAUCCAGUUUAUUGGGACCAUCUUGAAUUCUGUGAUGGAUUCAGAAAACUUUUAGACCAUUUACAGUUGGAUAAAGUUCAUCUCUUUGGGGCUUCUUUGGGAGGCUUUUUGGCCCAGAAGUUUGCUGAAUACACUCACAAAUCUCCCAGAGUCCAUUCUCUCAUCCUCUGCAAUUCCUUCAGUGACACUUCUAUCUUUAACCAAACAUGGACUGCAAACAGCUUUUGGCUGAUGCCGUCAUUUAUGCUCAAAAAAAUCGUUCUUGGAAACUUUUCAUCUGGCCCAGUGGACCCUAUGAUGGCUGAUGCCAUUGAUUUCAUGGUGGACAGGCUGGAAAGUUUGGGGCAGAGUGAACUGGCUUCAAGACUUACCCUGAAUUGUCAAAAUUCUUAUGUGGAACCUCAUAAAAUUCGGGACAUCCCUGUAACCAUCAUGGACGUGUUUGACCAGAGUGCACUUUCAACUGAAGCUAAAGAAGAAAUGUACAAACUGUAUCCUAAUGCCCGGAGGGCUCACCUGAAAACAGGAGGCAAUUUCCCUUACCUGUGCAGAAGUGCAGAGGUGAAUCUCUAUGUACAGAUACAUUUGCUGCAAUUCCACGGAACCAAAUAUGCGGCCAUUGACCCAUCAAUGGUCAGUGCUGAGGAGCUCGAGGUGCAGAAAGGCAACCUUGGCAUCAGUCAGGAGGAGCAGUAGCUGUUAGAGUUGGCUCUUAGUGAUGAGUGAUCCAGUGUGUCCGUACAAUCAGUGACAUCAGUGCCCACCAGUCGGCCUCUCUCUUCGGUUCGUCAGGUUCACCGGUUAUCACUGUGUUUGGAACUAGGACUGAUUGUCAUCUUCGUGACAGGCGGCAGCUCUUCUAAGCCAGUGUAACUAUUCCCUCUUCAGUUUUUUUAGCUUUUGAACUUAACGAAGUACUUUUGAAGAUUCCCAUUUUAAGAAUUGUGAAAAUUUUGCUACCAAAAGUCUUCACCACUGUGUUGUUAAGUGAAUAUUAAUUUCUGAAUUUGGGGAUUCUGUGGAUUUUUUUCCUUUCCUUUCUUUGUUAUUUGCUGUAAAUGCUGCACAUCCACAUUGUGUAUCAGAAGGACAUUGGUUAUUUUUAUGCUUUCUUGGUUAUAACUUAUCAGAGUGCCAAGGCUGUCACCCACUGUUUGCUCUCCUGCAAAUGAACUACUUCUAAUUUCCAGUUAAGCAGACUGUUUUCAGUUUGGGCUGUUGUCUUUAUACCCAUUACAGUCUUUGGAAUAAAAAUUCAAUUUGAGUGA